AUGCCAAACACAAUCAGCUCGACCACCAGACCAUUAGUACCGCCCAACUCAUGGUAUACCGGUACAGUCAUCGGCGACCGCCGCAUGACCUCGUGCCGCGCAACAUGGAGCACAUGGACACCUCGACCGCAUGUCAACAGUGACCUUGGCGCCUUCAAGGGCCUCAUGCUCCCCACGAUCGAGGUCAUAAUCGACAAUUUUGUCCUGCCAGACUCGGAGACCUGCGUCUUCGGUGCCGUGCUCUUCUCAGCCACGCCCAGACCUAGUUCCGGCGGGGUCUAUCUGCAGCCUAGACUAUGCAGCAGACCCGUGGCAGUCUCCGAAGCCGAACCUCGACACGUAGAGCGGAGCUCAACCAGAAAGACGAUGACGAUCCUCAUUGAUGGUUUAACACCGACAGAUGGCGUAGAGGGCGGUGUGGUGCUGGGAAUUUGGAAGGUGGCAAGCGAAGCAAGCGCUACUCCGGUGGGCUGGUAUGUGCCUAUGCCGAUCGGCGUCAUCGACAUGAAGACCAUCCACAUCCCUAAUCCUUUCAUCAUUGACCAUCCACUACCUCCCGGCACAAAUGCCGCAGCACGAUCGCGCCGCCUUGGAUAUCAUGAUGGCCGCGGCAGCGUCGACCUCGAGUCCGAGUGGAUCUGUGGUGCGCGGCUCCGCUGCGGGCAACUCUACGAGGAGUAG